AACUCCCCCCUCCACAUGUGGUAUAAAUGUCGACUUCUUUGACUCUCACUUUUAUCGUUCCCCUCCGCCUCCAGAUUUCCUCCUCCGAUCACCUCCGCCCUUCCUUCUUCAACUCCUGCGCCGACUGCCGACGAUAUCCGUCGCGACGGUGACACGCACCCACUGCCUCAUUCGUUUUUAAGCCCCUUUUGUGGACUCCACGGUUUCGAUCUCGAGCUUGAUCCGGGAAGAGAGUUCUAGGGUUCGGGGAGAGCUCUCCAUCUCCUCCUGGCCCUGAGAUCGAUGAGAGUCCCGGACAGGAGCUGCUAUGGAUGAUGCCCGGAAGCGCGAGAGGAUCGAUUCCGGCGGCUACGGCAUUCUCAUGGAAUGGCAGAUCUCCUUGGCUUCUCGAAUCCUGAUCGAGACAUCAAUAAGGAAAUCUCAACAUGACUGGUCAUGCCAUCUCUGUGGAAUGACGAUGUCUACACUGGCACAAAAGAUGAAAAAAAGGAAUAUUUUCCUUUAUCUAAGAUUCCUGUCACUGAUUGCAUUGAAAAAAGGUGCUCAGUUGCUUAAAUAUGGCCGGAAAGGGAAGCCAAAGUUCUACCCAUUUAGAUUAUCAAGUGAUGAAUCAGCUUUGAUUUGGUUAUCAAGUAGUGGAGAAAAAUAUUUGAAGCUAGCUUCCGUUUCAAGAAUUGUACCUGGACAAAGAACUCCUGUUUUUCAAAGACAUCUACGCCCUGAUAAAGACUACUUAUCCUUUUCGCUUAUCUACAAGGACGGCAAGAGAUCUCUAGAUCUUAUAUGCAAGGAUAAAGUUGAAGCGGAAGUCUGGUUUUCAGGUCUCAAGGCAUUAAUUUCCAUAGGACAAUAUGGUCGUUCCAAAAUAGACGGAUGGAACAAUGGAGGAUUUUGUUCUGAAGAUGGUAGAGAAUCUGCAUCUAACAGUAUAAGUGAUCAGUCAGUUAGCUCCACUUACAAUUCUUCAGAGGGCAGACUAACUUCGAGUAACAUACAAAAUAAUCUUUCUUGUGACUACUCUGCACCUUCAGAAACAUCAGAUGUGACAAAUAUGCAUGCCAAAGGAGUCCCAUCAGAUGGUUUUAGGAUCAGCGUUUCAAGUGUUCCUAGCACAUCUAGUCAUGGUUCUGCACAGGAUGACUUUGAUGCAGCUGGAGAUGUUUAUGUUUGGGGUGAAGUCAUAUGCGAUAGUUCCACAAGAAUCAGUGCUGAUAAAAGUAGCAAUCCUUCCGGUGCUAGAACUGACAUCCUCCUGCCUAAGCCUAUAGAGUCUAAUGUUGUUUUGGAUGCUCAUCAUGUAGCCUGUGGUGUCAGGCAUGUGGCACUUGUUACCAGACAGGGUGAACUAUUUACAUGGGGCGAGGAAUCUGGUGGACGAUUAGGUCAUGGAGUUGGAACUGAUAUUAUUCACCCUCGGUUAUUGGAAUCUCUUUCAACAUUUAAUGUUGAUUAUGUUGCAUGUGGGGAGUUCCAUACUUGUGCUAUUACUGCAGCAGGUGAACUUUAUACAUGGGGAGAUGGAACACAUAAUGCAGGACUUCUUGGUCAUGGGACAAAUGUGUGUCACUGGGUACCAAAGAGAGUUUCUUUUCCUUUAGAGGGCCUUCAUGUUUCUCAUGUUUCUUGUGGUGUUUGGCAUACAGCUAUAAUAACUACAACUGGGCAGUUGUUUACAUUUGGUGAUGGAACAUUUGGUGUGUUAGGCCAUGGAGAUCGUCAAACACUUUUAUUCCCAAGGGAGGUUGAAUCAUUGGUUGGGUUGAAGACAAUUGAUGUUUCAUGUGGUGUUUGGCACACUGCUGCCAUUGUGGAGGUUAUGGUGACACAGUCUAGUGCAUCAUCAGGGAAAUUGUUCACUUGGGGUGAUGGGGACAAGUACCGCCUUGGCCAUGGUGAUAAGGUAGCAAGACUUAAGCCAACCUGUGUGCCUUCACUGAUAGAUUACAAUUUUCACAGACUGGGUUGUGGCCAUAGUCUUACAAUUGGUUUGACCACUUCAGGACAGCUCUUUACUAUGGGAAGUACUGUUUAUGGUCAGCUUGGUAAUCCCAGGUCUGAUGGAAAGUAUCCGUGCUUGGUUGAAGACAAACUAGCAGUUGAACCUGUUGCAGAGGUUGCUUGUGGUUCAUAUCAUGUUGCAGUUUUGACAUCCAAAGGAGAAGUUUACACAUGGGGGAAGGGAGCUAAUGGAAGAUUAGGCCAUGGUGACUUUGAAGACCGUAAAUUACCUACACUUGUUGAAGCUCUUAAAGAUAGACUAGUCAAACAUGUCUCCUGUGGAUCAAACUUCACAACUGUCAUAUGUCAGCAUAAGUGGGUUUCUGGAGCAGAGCAAUCCCUGUGUUCUGCAUGUAGACAGCCUUUUGGUUUCACUAGAAAAAAACACAAUUGUUACAACUGUGGGCUUGUCCACUGCCAUCAAUGCAGCUCAAAGAAGGCCUUAAGAGCAGCAUUAUCUCCUAAUCCUGGAAAACCCUAUCGUGUAUGUGAUUCAUGUUAUGUGAAAUUGACUAGUGGAUUGGAGAUGGGCGGAGUUAAUAACAAAAAAACUACUAAAGUCUGGCUUCCAACUGAUGGCAAGGACAAGUAUGAUAAAGCAGAAACCUUAUCCAAGGGGUCUCUUUCCAACAAUUUGGACUUGAUUAAGAACAUGGACACUAAGACAGCCAAAAUUGGGAUGACUUUUAACGCUUUCUCUAUUGUUCAGACUCCUAAAAUUUCUUCAGUAUCACCUCUGAAGACUAUUGCUUUCCCUGUUGGAAUUGAUAUACUUCAAACAGUCUCUAAACCAGUUCAAACAUCAGUAGCAAAAUCUGCUAAUCUCUCCAGAGCAGUUUCACCUUUUUCAAGAAAACCUACUCCUCCACGUUCAACAACACCUACUCCUACAACUUCUGGUCUUUCUUUUUCCAAAACUGUUUCUGAUAGCUUGAAGAAAACAAAUGAUCUUCUGAAUCAUGAACUUCUUAAAUCACGUGCUGAGGUUGAAAGUCUACGACAACGUGGUGAACGCCAAGACUUUGAGUUGCAGAAGGCUGAAAAGAAAUUGAAAGAUGCAAUGGCACUUGUUGCUGAGGAAUCUGCAAAAUCGAAAGCUGCAAAAGAAGUAAUAAAAUCACUAACAGCACAGCUGAAAGAAAUGGCUGAAAGACUUCCUCAUGGGAUCCAUGACAGUAUGACAAUGAAAUCAUUGGAUCUGUCAAAAAGUGACGAGUCAUUGUAUAUUCAGCAUGCAACUUCUGCUGAAGAACUGAAUACAAAUGACGUUAGUAAUGGCCCUAGUGUGGUUGCAUCCAAAAGUGUUUUUCCAGGACAGGUAAAUGUAACUGCAAUAGGUAAUUCCACAAGUAGGGUAUUUUAUCCACCAAAUGACUUAAGCUCACCUCCAACUCCAAAGUUCCUAAACUCCAAAAGUAUGAUGGAUAAAAAAAUGAAUCCACAGCGCAGUGGUCAAGGAGAACUUCGAGCACCUAUUGUGAGAUCUGAGAAUACUGAGAACAGGCAAAAUCCAGCUCCUCGAAGUAAUGAUACUGCUUCAGCGUUUAGGGAAACAGCAACUCCUCGAGGUAACGAUGCUGCUCCAGCAUUUAGAGAAACGGUGACUCCUCGAGGGAAUGAUGCUCCUGCAGCAUUCAGAAGUUCCAGCACAGCAAGUGUUGACGUCGAAGCAGAAUGGAUUGAACAGUUUGAACCUGGUGUUUAUAUUACACUGGUUACACUUCGAGAUGGAACUAGAGACCUAAAGAGGGUGCGCUUCAGUCGAAGAAAGUUCGGAGAGCAACAAGCAGAAACUUGGUGGGCCGAAAACCGUGAAAGGGUAUAUGAGAGAUAUAAUCUCCGGAUACCAGACAGGGCUUCAUCAACCAUUUUAACUUAAUUUGAACUCAGAGAUCAUCAACACUCACUUCCCAUCUUAUGAGUGAGAAAACAAGUGACAGUGAAGCAUGAUGCUGAGAUUAUCACUUUUUUAAUUACUGCGGUGUUCAAGCAUCCAACCUCUUACCCCGUAAACUUUUUUUGUAAAAAAUUAUGUUUUUGUAUCGUGUUUUUUCAUUUUCUUUCCAAAAGCCCAGAUCAGCUUGUAAAUAAACAAUUAGACAUGACGAGGUCAGCAAACGCCCAACAAGUGCCUCUAACAGUGUCUCACUCUGAAGGUGAAUGGCUGAUUUUGGGAAGGGGGGUGGGGUGGGGGGUUUCCAUCGCUUGUAGAAAAUCAACUAUUCUUUUUUUUUUUUUUUUUUCAAUGAUACUCUUGUGGUUUCUACAUUAUAUGUGCAAUGUCGUUCUACAGUA